CGAGCCCGCCGAGAGGUGGCGGGGCUCCUCACGCCCAAGGGCCACCGCGGCCGCGCUCCGGCCUCGCUCCGCCGCUCCACGCCUCGCGGGGCCCGCGGGGCCAGCCCGGCCCGGCGGGGAUGCUGGGGCGGAGGGCGCCGUGGCUGUGCUGGUGGUGGGGACUGCUCUGCGGCUGCUGCGGGCCCCCGUCCCUGCCCGCCGCCGGGGGCGCGCUGCUGGGGGACGGCGGGCGCCCCGGCCCCGCGGAGCCGCCGCCGCCGCCGCCGCAGACCUCCUCCUCGGGCUUCCUCUACCGGAGGCUCAAGACGCACGAGAAGCGGGAGAUGCAGAAGGAGAUCCUCGCCGUGCUGGGCCUCCCGCACCGGCCCCGGCCCCUGCACGGCCUCCAGCAGCCGCAGCCCCCUGCGCUCCCGCCGCCCCCGCCGCCGCCGCAGCAGCCUCGCGGGGAGCCCCCGCCCGGGCGGCUGAAGUCCGCGCCCCUCUUCAUGCUGGACCUGUACAACGCCCUGUCCGCCGCCGACGACGAGGACGGGGCUUCCGACGAGGAGAGGCGGCGGCCCGGGCCGCGCGGAGGGGCCGGCUCGUCCCAGCCCCGGCAGGCGGCCCUCGGCAGCAGGAGCGUCCUGGCCCCCGGACCCGGCGGCGGCGGCGGCGGCGCGUCUCCACUGACCAGCGCGCAGGACAGCGCCUUCCUCAACGACGCCGACAUGGUCAUGAGCUUCGUGAACCUGGUGGAGGACGACAAGGAGUUCUCCCCUCGCCAGCGACACCACAAAGAGUUCAAGUUCAACCUAUCCCAGAUUCCUGAGGGUGAGGCGGUGACGGCUGCAGAGUUCCGAAUCUACAAGGACUGUGUUGUCGGGAGUUUUAAAAACCAAACUUUUCUUGUCGGCAUUUACCAAGUCUUACAAGAGCAGCAGCACAGAGACUCUGACCUGUUUCUGUUGGACACCCGCGCCGUGUGGGCCUCGGAAGAAGGCUGGCUGGAAUUUGACAUCACAGCCACCAGCAACCUGUGGGUCCUGACCCCGCAGCACAACAUGGGGCUGCAGCUGAGUGUGGUCACGCGGGACGGGCUCGACAUCAACCCCCGAGCCGCCGGCCUGGUGGGCAGGGACGGCCCCUACGACAAGCAGCCCUUCAUGGUGGCCUUCUUCAAGGCCAGCGAGGUCCGCGUGCGCAGCGCCCGCUCGGCCGCCGGCCGCCGGCGACAGCAGGGCCGCAGCCGCUCCGCCCCGGCCCAGGACGUGUCGCGGGCCUCCAGCGCCUCAGAUUACAACAGCAGCGAACUGAAAACAGCCUGCAGGAAGCACGAGCUCUACGUGAGCUUCCAAGACCUGGGGUGGCAGGACUGGAUCAUUGCACCCAAGGGUUACGCUGCCAACUACUGUGAUGGAGAAUGCUCCUUCCCUCUCAACGCGCACAUGAACGCCACCAACCAUGCCAUCGUGCAGACCCUGGUCCACCUUAUGAAUCCCGAGUACGUCCCCAAACCGUGCUGUGCGCCAACGAAACUGAAUGCCAUCUCAGUGCUUUACUUUGAUGACAACUCCAACGUCAUCCUGAAAAAAUACAGGAACAUGGUCGUCAGAGCUUGUGGGUGCCACUGACUCAGGAUGAGCUGCUGGGGACACACGCACUGCCUUGGACUCCUGCAUCACAUCUGCCUUAAAAGGCACCUGGAAGCACCGAGAAAGCGGGAUAAGACGCCGACACCAUCUCGUGCCGGCUGCUGCCUUUCCGCCCUAACAGACAUCUUAAAGGACCUCGUCCGUAACCUGCUCACGUAGUAAAUGUCGUGAGUAGUUGUCGGUCUCUAGGAAGCUGAGUUUGAGCGUCUGUAGUAUGAAGUCUGGUGACUGAAGAGACCUAACUUUGAACGUUCCCCUCUGCCCCCCAAACCCACCCAAAUUAUUUUGCUUUAGAUCAAGCUCUUCAUGGUUUUAUUAAGUAAAUAGGGAAGAUAAUCUUAAAGUAAAAUUCUUCUUGGCUCAGAUAUCAGCGGGCUCAGUAGUUGCUCACAGGUAGAUUUUGCAGAUAACGGGAAUGGGGGAAGAACGUCUCUGUUCAGCUCUCCUCCCAGGGAGGUCGGUUUCUCACGUGGGAUCAACAGCCCGGGAGGAAGCCGGGCGGCCCGCAAGUGCCUUUUGUCUCAGUCGUGCUGUUACAUGUUUGUGCGGGCGUUUUGUCCGUGUGAAAAUAUCCUUAUUUCAGUUCAACCACAUCAUUUCCCCCGCCCCCCGCCCCCCC